CUCUCAGCAAAUCACUUUCAGUUUCCUUCUUUAACGUCUCUCUCUCCCUUCUCUAAUUAACACAACAUCCAAACAGCCCCCAGUCCAUUUUCAUCAUCACAUGACCAAAAACCAAAUGCAAAACGGACGAACGUUACUCUGUUCUCAGCAACCAACACCCUCUUAACACGUGUCCCUUUUCUUUUCUCUCUUCCCCGGCGAGUGACGAAAAAGAAACGUGACGCGAGACGACCGUCGUUUAGGAAGAAAAGUAGCAACACUGGCGGUGAUGAGAGGAAGUCUGUUAAUGAAUCGGCGUGGUGUGCAGAGAUUCAGGCAAAUAGCUAUAAUAAUAAGUGGAUCGUCGAAAAUAAAGUUGUUACUAUUUUGUUGUAUAGCUUUUACGCUACUUGCUCUUGCGAAUCGUGCUUCAGAUAAAUGGACUCAGAGUAACAGUGAUUUUGUUGAUCGAUUCGCUUCUCCAGGGAAAGGAUAUGCUAUUUUAAUUAACACAUGGAAGAGAUAUGAUCUGUUGAAGCAGUCAAUUUCUCACUAUUCAUCAUGUGGUGGACUUGAUUCUAUACAUAUUGUGUGGAGUGAGCCUGAUCCUCCGUCAGAAUCUCUCGUCAAGUAUCUAAGUCGCGUUGUAAAAUCAAAUUCUAAAGGUACAAGGCAAGUUGAACUGAAAUUUGAUAUCAAUGAGGAAGACAGUUUGAACAACAGAUUCAAAGAAAUUAAGGAUUUGAUGACUGAUGCCGUUUUCUCAAUUGAUGAUGAUAUUAUAUUUUCUUGCUCUACGGUGGAGUUUGCUUUCAAUGUUUGGCAGAGUGCUCAAGAUACAAUGGUGGGCUUUGUGCCCCGUGCGCAUUGGAUUGAUAAGUCGCAAGGGAAAAAAGAUUACUACAUAUAUGGCGGAUGGUGGUCUGUUUGGUGGACAGGUACAUACAGUAUGGUACUCUCAAAGGCGGCUUUUUUCCACAAAAAGUACCUCAGAUUAUACACGAAUGAGAUGCCAGCAUCAAUCAGAGAAUACACAACCAAGAACAGGAAUUGUGAAGAUAUUGCAAUGUCCUUUCUGGUAGCUAAUGCAACUGGAGCUCCACCUAUAUGGGUGAAAGGUAAGAUAUUUGAGAUUGGGUCCACUGGGAUUAGUAGCUUGGGAGGUCAUAGUGAAAAAAGAACACAAUGUGUUAAUAGAUUUGUAGCAGAGUACGGGCGAAUGCCCCUCAUAUCGACAACGGUUAAGGCUGUUGACAGCCGCCAUGCCUGGUUUUGGUAAUGCUGGAGAUUCCACUGUAUUUGAAUUAUGAAUUUCCACUUUUCUUUUCUUAAAUUUUUGGUAAUCCUGUGAGCGAUUCCAAUUCUUUUUUAUUUGUAUAAUAGGUUAGUUUUGCUUCUUUAUAUCUUUUUCAGUUAGAUGCUAAUUUGACAUUUUCCACUAGAUUGAUUACUGUAUUCUUACCAUGUAAGGAGAAGACGGUUGCAAUUAGCAGUGAUAUAAAAUACAUUUUGCCUUCUGGACA